UUCAAAUCUCCGCGCCUCCUCCCGCCUCCUGAACCCGCGCCCUCUUGCCGCGCUCCCUUCGCCGCUAUGAGUCCCCUGUCCAGCCGCGCUGCCCGCCUCCCCAGCCCUUCAAGCUCGCUGUGCGCGCUGCUCGCGCUGCUGCUGCUGACGCCGCCAGGUCCCCUCGUCAGCGCUGGUCCUGUCGCGGCCGUAGUGGCAGAGCUGCGCUGCGUGUGUUUAACCAUCACACCUGGGAUUCAUCCCAGAAUGAUCAGUAGUCUGCAAGUGAUCGCCGUGGGACCGCAGUGCCCCAAGGUGGAAGUGAUAGCCACCUUGAAGAACAAGAAGGAAGUCUGUCUGGACCCAGAAGCCCCUUUGAUCAAGAAAUUCAUCCAGAAAACGUUGGACAGUGGAAACAAGAAAAAUUAAGAGAAAGGACCAUGCACUGGAAAAAUUGCCCGGUUCUUCAGCAGAGCAGUUUUCUGGGGAUCUCUGGAUUCAGUGAAGACAAGAACCAAAGGCUGAUUUUGCCAGCGAGUUAGGUUUCUUCAUGAAGUCCCCACUUUGAGACAGGGUUGGGAAGAGGGACCUAUGUUUGUCCCUGCAGCGUUCUGCUCAGCUUAUGAAGUAUUUAGCAUAGCAUUUCCUGCUAUUUAUUUGUUGCUAUUUUAUCUGCUAUGUUAUUGAAAUCUUUGGCAAUUGACUAAAUUGUGAGUCGAGAAUCACUGGUUGUUAAUCUUUCAGGUGACUAUUGUAUUUCUAGAAUAUAUUCCUCACAGUGUUACGGAAAAGGCUGCGGAUUUAACGUGAAUGAUAUUUCAUUAGAAUGCUGUAUAUGGAGAUACACUGUUAUCCUCAUUCUUCUCAUGAAACAGGAACUAUUUUGGUAUUGUUUAUUGGGGAACAUGUUAGAGAAUUUCCUUACUCUUCACUUUGGGAUACUAUUUAAGUUAUAUUGCAUUAGAAAGCUGGGUGUAUUGUAGAAUAUAGUAUAUAUCAUAUAUGUGUGGAAUAUAUUUCCUUAUUUCAAAUUUCUAAAUGUUUAGGUUCUAUAAGGACUAAUAUAUUCUUUUCUGAUAACUUUAGACAUUUGAUGUCUUCUUAGUAUGGCAUACUGUCAUGACUUACUCAUUAAACUUUGAUUUUAUAUGGUAUUUAUUGACUAUUUUAUUAUCAGUACUAUAAUUCUAGUCACUAAAUAUUAUGUUUUGGACAGAUGAAAAAGCUAGGAAAUAGGUAAAUUUCUUAUUUCUAGUUUUUCUAGAAAUGGAUUCUCUUAGUUUUUUAAGAAUAACAGCAAACUUAACAAUGAUCUGUACUCUGAAAGUUUUGAAAACAUAUUUGGGCUAUUUGAAUAUAAACUCAUCAUUUAGUUUUCAAAAAAAUACAUAGCAUUGCUAAUAUUUGUAGAUGCUUAUAGUGUAUCUUUUUAAAGUUUUGACCAUUUGUUAUAAAGAAUUAUAUAUGCAUCACAUUUACUAUGUUAAAAUUGCAUUGUUUAAUUGUGUAUGAUUGGUUUAUAGUACUUCUUUUGUUCUUUGG